ACAUGACGAUUGGGGUUGAUUUAAAGGGCAGGGGACUAUUUUCACAAGGUGCCCAGUGUUAAUGACACCCCUGGUCAAAGAGUUUGAUGUAGCCAACAGUAAAUACACUAUUUAUAAUAUGACUGCAGGAAAGCUUAAAUAUGAGAGUUGGCAUCGAUCUGCCCGGGAAAAAGUCGAGCAUUUUCAGUUCAAACCACGUGUUUUCUUGCACAUAGUAAAUGUGCAAAGGGUUAAAGAUCAUCUCGGCAGCAGAUUCAGAUUCAGCAGGUUUGCUCGCUGCUCUCCAGCAGUUGCAUCGCUCCGCGGGCAGCGCUGGCUCGCUCCGAUAUUUCAACUCGCUGUGGAUUGUGGGAGUCGAGGACUCUGCCCAGGCUUGUUACCGGAGAACCGGAGACAUUUUCUCGCCGUGCCCUGUUGUAGCCUGACACUGGUAACAGUCUUAGCACCAUGUCCAGCCGAGGAGGAAAGAAGAAGUUGACCAAGACGUCCCGGUCCACUAAGGCAGGGGUCAUCUUCCCUGUGGGACGCAUGCUGCGCUACAUCAAAAGGGGCCUGCCCAAAUAUCGCAUUGGGGUGGGAGCACCCGUUUACCUGGCUGCUGUCCUUGAGUAUCUAACCGCCGAGAUCUUGGAGUUGGCAGGUAAUGCAGCCAGAGACAACAAGAAGGGUCGCGUCACACCACGACACAUCCUGCUGGCCAUCGCCAACGAUGAGGAGUUGAACCAGUUGCUGAAAGGUGUGACUAUCGCAGCAGGUGGCGUCCUGCCCAACAUCCAUCCAGAGCUGCUGGCUAAGAAGAGAGGAGCAAAGGGAAAACUGGAGACACCCGUCUCACCUGCCCCCGAGAAGAAACCCAAGCCGGUGAAGAAAUCAGCCGCCAAGAAACUAAGCGGGAAAAAGGCAGGAGGGAAGGCCAAGAAGCAGGGUGAGGUGAGCAAAGCAGCGUCGGCAGACAGCACCACAGAGGGAUCUCCUGUUGACAGUUUCACCGUGCUCUCCACCAAGAGCCUCUUCCUGGGUCAGAAGCUCAACCUCAUCCACAGCGAGGUCAGUAACUUGGCUGGCUUUGACGUGGAGGGGGUCAUCAAUCCCACCAAUGCUGAACUUGAACUUAAAGAUGAUCUAGGCUCUGCUUUGGAAAAGAAGGGAGGGAAGGAGUUCACUGAAGCGCUGCAGGAGCUGAAGAAGAAAAACGGCCCUCUGGAGGUGGCUGGUGCUGUGUUGACCGCUGGAUUUGGUCUGCCUGCGAAAUACGUCAUCCACUGUAACAGUCCAGGCUGGGGCUCCGACAAGUGUGAAGAGUUGCUGGACAAGACUGUGAAGAACUGCCUGGCUCUGGCCGACGAGAAGAAGCUCAAGUCCGUGGCUUUCCCCUCCAUUGGUAGUGGCAGGAAUGGCUUCCCGAAGCAAACGGCAGCCCAGCUGAUCCUUAAGGCCAUCUCCAGUUACUUUGUGGCCACUAUGUCUUCCACCAUCAAGACCGUCUACUUUGUGCUGUUUGACAGCGAGAGCAUUGGGAUCUACGUGCAGGAAAUGGCCAAGCUGGAGACGAGCUAAGAGUUUGGAGUAUCCGUCUCCUUGUCCCCUUUUCCCCCCACUCUGUUUUUUCUUGCAAGGAGAAAGUAAGCAAGUUGUUUAUUAGUGAUUUGUUAAAUAUGAAGAGAGGAAGAAAAAGAAGAAUCUUUCUAUAGGCCGGGAACUUGUUUUUGCAUUAUGUUUGUAUUUUUCCUAUAUUGUUUUUAAUUUUCUUAUUUACUUGUUCACCUCUGGCAUUUAAAUGUAAAAGUGCACUGUUCAUUCUGCAGUCUUUUAAUACAAACAGUGGCACACAAAACCGAUUCAGCAAGUAAAAAGACUCACUGUAAGAUUUAAUUUUCAUGGUAUAUACGGUAAAAGAUUGUGAGAGAUAGCUACACCUCAAUUACCAGGCUUCCAGAGAAGUCCGAUGAAUACGGGUUAAUGCAUGUGAUGGCAGUAAAGGUAGUAAAAACAGCUAUUCUCUUUUGAUCUAUCUUUUGAUCUCAAAAACACAAGACAUUUAAUUCAGUGUAUUUUUUUUGGUAUCAAUCGUGUGUUUUGGAACAUCUCUGUUGUUAUUAGUACUGCUUAAUGAAAAGGUAAAGCGUGAAGAAAAGUUCAGUUUGUUCUACUUUGGUCUUCAAGAGACUAAUAUAACAGAACUAUAGGUUUUGUGUUGUGUGUUGCAAAUUCCUGUGUUUGCCUUUGUUCACACGGGCAAAAAAAAUUUCCUCGUGUGCUGCAGAGACCUUGAAUUUCCAAGUUCAAGGAAAAAAAAAAGUAUACAGUCAUAUAAAUGCCUGUAUACUUAUUAUAUAGUCAUCCUGGUACUAACAUCAUGAGUUUGUACUGUAAACCGAACACCCGUUGGUCUUCAUUUACAGUAAAAAAUCAAUCAGUUAAUGACAUAAGAUGGUAGAACAGGAGAUUGGAGGUUUUUGCAGGGCUCAAAUGGCGUUAUAUUGUGUGUUCCUAUAUGAGUGUUUAUAUAGAUGGAGUAUUUGUGAAAUGUUAUAGUAAAAUAUUGGACUGUAACAUAGAUUUUUAUUUUAUAUUUUAAUUUUCACAUUGAUUCUAAAAGGCGCAGGUGGCUCGGAAGCAAAAAAAACAAAACAAAAAGAAACAAUUGUAAGAGUUUUUUUUGUGUGUGUGUUUUGUCUUUGUUAAGCCAUAAAACAAAUGUGCUCAUAGAGGAUCUCUGCUGUUGCUUUUGGUUUGCUCGUUCAUUCAGCUGCCACUAGAUGGCUCCCUGUAAUCAAGAAUUGGAUUUUUCAUCUCAGCCAUUUUCUGUGCAGCAGCAGGCCUCUUCACACAGAUACUGGUCGAUUUGAGUUGGAUUUGAAUUGGUGUCGACGGACGUAUACGAGGAACCCGACUGCUCUGCUGCAUUUGGACUUUUCAAAAGCCUAACUUUCUUAUGAAAAACAAUGUAAAAUGCUUUCUAAAGAAUUGCUACAAUUGAUGAUUCUACAAAAGGUCUGUACACACUCCGGUAAUAAAACACCUUUAAAAACCUCA